AAAAAGAAAAAAAAAAACACAACACUUCAAUGACGCAUAACCUAGCAUAUCAAAUUAGGACAAAACAAUGCGAUAGCUGUAGCUUAGGCUAGGCUACUAGAUAUAGAUUUAGAGAUCUAUUUUAGAAUAAUGAUUCAGUCCAGAACUCUUAAUUGAUUGACUCGGCUAGGCAACAAUAAAAAAAAUGUCAGAUUUUGUUAUACAAAACGGGCGAGUGAUCGACACGGCUCUUCAGAUAAACGAAAUCACAAACGUCUAUGUCUCAGAUGGUUGUAUAGCAAGUAUCGGCAACCCUCCAGACGGCUUUCGACAGUGGAGCUUAGUGAACGCCUCGGGUUGUAUUGUAACACCAGGAUUAAUUGACAUCCACGUCCAUGCUUACGAAUAUGCCACACCCUUGGGAAUAAAUGUGGAUCGGACGUGCUUAGCUAAGGGAGUAACUGCUGUAGUCGAUGCAGGCAGUGCAGGUGCCUCAACUUUCCCAGGGCUAAGAAAGUUUAUAGCUGAGAAAAGCAAAACAAGGGUCUACAGUUUUCUGCACAUUGUCCAGCAUGGGUUAGCCUCAGCAGGAUGUGUUAUGAAAGAUAGUGGAGGCGAAUGCGACUCCCUGAAUGCCAUCAGAGCAGACGAAUGUAUCCAGACGAUCAAUGAGAACAGAGAUAUGAUUGUUGGCGUGAAGCUCAGACUAGGGACACCUAUCUCAAACAAUGGACAGAAUGAGGAGGAAGCGUACAGACGUGCCCUCCAGGCAUCCAGGACUUGCGGAGUACCACUCAUGGUCCAUCACAGCAUGUCUUCUAUUGGUCAUGGAGAUGUAGGUAAGCUGAGCUGUCCAGGAGAUCUGAGGGCAGGUGAUAUUUACACCCAUUGUUUUCACGGCCACAGCUGUUCCAUUGUGGAUGACACAGGUGCCAUAAGCAAACAUUGCCUUGAAGCCAAAACAAGAGGAGUCUUGUUUGAUAUAGGUCACGGACAAGGUUCCUUCAUGUGGUCUGUUGCAGAGAAAUGUAUUGCUGGGGGUUUCCUACCAGACACAAUUAGCACUGACCUACAUUCAGGAGACAUUCAUGGUCCAGCCUAUGACCUACUUUGUGUAAUGAGCAAACUGCUGCAUGUUGGGAUGGGCUUGGAGCAAGUGAUAGCUGCAGUUACCUCAACUCCUGCUAGGGCUAUAGGCAAAGAAAAAGAGAUUGGUAGUCUAGGUGUCGGUAUGAAUGCUGACAUAACAAUAUUAAAGAUAGAGGAUGUUCUGGAGCCACUAGAAGAUUGUGCGGGUGAGAUACGGACCAUUCGCAAGGCAUUUACUCCCGUUGCUGUCUAUGUUGGCGGUCAAGAAUUUCCUGUAUCAUCAAAUAGGGCCUGGCCCAAUACCACCAGUCAAGAAAUUUGCUACAAUAGAAUGGUGCAGAUGAAGGCAGAUGCGCAAAACUUAGUUUAAGGCAAAUAUAGUGUUAAUUAAAUGUAUAGUCUUGGAUUUUUAAAGUGCUUUUCUCAUUUUUCUUAUUAUGAAAUUCAUCAAUCAAAUCAUCAAUGUCAAUAUAAUUUAAAACCUAAUUUUCUGUAUUUAUAAAUCUACAUAGGCAAUCAGUUGUUAUGCUGGCCACAUGACACUUUCUUUAAAAAUGAGCCAAAGAAACAGAUGACCUUUACAUCAUCUGAUCCAUAGAUUGCAAAGUCUGAAAGUGGGUACAUUACUAACUUUUAAAUUUUAUUGUAAAUUAAGUGAUUCAAAAACUGUACACUUCAUUAGUUCAUGGGACGACAGGCAUUGGCAUAUUGGAUAGUCGCCUGGCCGUGUGGUAUGCGCACUGGACUUGUCAUUCGGUUUUCUUCAUGGUCCCUGGUUCAUACUCUGUCUGCUGCCAUCCUGCAGGAGGUUUGGACUCUGAGAUUAUCUGAAGGAACAUUAGACACAAGAAACAUUUUAUCCAAAUUUUUCAUUAAUUGAAUAUAAACUGUAUAGAAAGUAAUCAUCUUCUUUUUUGAAGUAAUGUCUGUAUUAUAUAAGAUAAAGUAAGAUAGAAAUUUAAGUGUUAGUGUGAAUACAAUUUUUUUAAUGUUGAAAAUACAAUUUAUGUGAAAGUUUGGUUCAUAUCUUAUGUCAAAGAAGCUUAUUUUAAUGAAAGUCGCACAAUUUUUAACUUACUGAAUACAAUAAUGUGAAUUAUAGCCAAAUACUUUUGAGUAGGUAUGUGAUUUCAAUCAAAUGAAUGAAUACAAAAUCAAUUGAAUGGGAUGUCUAUAGUGCAACAAUAAAUUUUUCUUUCAAAUUG